AUGACGACCUCAACCGACGGGCAGCCUCUUCCGUCCCUCCUCGACCUCAUCACCAAAGUCGACAAUCUCCCUCUCGACUUUUCCCCUACCAACUGCAGCCCCUACUACCGGUUCCUCGUCGCACCUGACCCCCGCCCCCAUGGCUUCAUCCACCCGACCACCGUCUCCCGCCUCCCGUGGCCACCGGCCUUCGCCAUCGCCCACGCCGCCGCCACCGUCACCCUAGCCGCGCCCACGGCCGCCCUCGCCAACGCCGCGCUCCAGGACGCCGUCGACGCCGCCCUCGCCUGCGGCCGCUUCCCCACCCUCAACGGCCUGCACAGCGAGCCCUUUCGCAUCCCUGGCGUCCGCAACGCCGCCUACCCGGACCAGCCGUCCCUGCUCCGCGUUGAGCGCUUCGCCGCCGCGCUCUUCGGCAUCAACACGCGCGGCGCCCACCUCACCGCCUACGUGCGGGAUUCCACCACUGGCGCCGUCGCCGGCGUCUGGGUCGCCCGCCGCAGCGCCUCGCUCUACACCUACCCAGGUAUGCUCGACAGCGCCGUCGCCGGUGGCGUCAAGGCCGAUGACGACCCGCUCGACUGCAUGCUCGCCGAGUCCGAGGAGGAGGCUCGCUUGCUGCCCGCCAUCGUCGCCCCGCGGCUCCGGCCCGCCGGCGUUGUCACCCUCGCGAACCGAAACCCGCGCACCGCGUUGGUCCACGGCGAGAUUCUCUACGUCUACGACCUGGAUCUCUCGCCGCCAGCUGCCGGCGACGACGCGGCCGCGCUGGGUUUGGUGCCGCUGCCGGGCGAUGACGGCGAGGUGGACGAGUUUAUGCUCAUGGACUGGCAAGAGGUGGUGCGGCGCAUGCGCGCGGGCGAGUUCAAGCCCAACGUAUGCGCCGUCAUGAUUGACUUUUUCAUCCGUCAUGGCUUGGUUACGCCUGAGACGGAAGACCAAUACGUAGAGAUAUGCAGCAGGCUACGCAGGAAGCUGCCCAUGCCCACCAAUGCGUUUGAAUCCUGA